GGAAGAGAGAGAAAAAAAAAUUCAAAACAACCAGAUAUCCAAAUUUUUUUGUUGUUGUUGAUUGUCAUCAUUGUGCAAUGCAUUCAUCACAGAGUCGUAGUUCGUCUAGUACGAACAGUUCAGAUGCUGUAAUGAUGGUUGGACCAAAUUUCAAAGUUGGUAAAGAGAUUGGACGUGGAAAUUUUGGUGUACUUCGUUUAGGUAAAAAUCUUUACAAUAAUGAACAUGUAGCCAUUAAAUUGGAGCCAAUGAAAUCGAAAGCACCACAAUUACAUUUGGAAUUUCGUUUCUAUAAAAUUCUUGGCAAUGUUGAAGGCAUACCAAAAUUAUAUUAUUUUGGUUCAUGUGGAAAAUAUAAUGCAUUGGUCAUGGAAUUACUUGGUCCAAGCCUUGAAGACAUGUUUGAUCUCUGUGAUCGUAAAUUCUCAGUGAAAACCGUUAUACAAAUUGCAUUACAAAUUCUGACCAGGAUAGAAUAUGUUCAUUCAAAACAUCUAAUUUAUCGUGAUGUAAAACCGGAAAAUUUUCUACUUGGCAAGCCAAAUUCACGUAAAGCAAAUGUACUACAUAUAAUUGAUUUUGGUUUAGCCAAAGAAUAUAUUGAUCCUGAAACUGGAAAACAUAUACCAUAUAGAGAACAUAAAAGUUUGACUGGUACAGCACGUUAUAUGAGUAUUAAUACUCAUCUUGGUAAAGAACAAAGUAGACGCGAUGAUUUAGAAGCAAUUGGCCAUAUGUUUAUGUACUUCUUACGUGGUAGCCUUCCAUGGCAAGGUCUAAAAGCGGAUACAUUAAAAGAACGUUAUGCAAAAAUUGGUGAAACAAAACAAUCGACACCUAUUGAAAUACUUUGUGAAGGAUAUCCAGAAGAAUUUGCUACCUAUCUUCGUUAUGUUCGUCGUUUGGAUUUUUUUGAAACACCUGAUUAUGAAUAUUUACGCAAUCUAUUUAUCAAAUUAUUUGAACGUGAAGGUCAUAAAAAUGAUGGAAUAUAUGAUUGGACUGAAAAACAACAACAACAGAUGCAAAUGAUGGAACCAAGAAUCUCGGUCAGAGAUCGACAUCUUUCAUCUCAUAUGAAGCAAUCAAAUGUGAACAAAUCGGAUCGUAGUAAAAAUGCUUGGUCCGAACGGCAACCGGAAAAAUCCGGCAAUAAUGUUAAUCGUGAUCCUAAUGAUCGUGUCCGUAUACCGAUGAGCAAUACAAAUCCUGGUGGUGUAAAAUUAUUAGGCUCAUCUGGUCUUACAUCAACUGAACGCUUGGGCGGUUCCGUUCAAGUUGUUAGCUCAACAAAUGGUGAUCUCACAAAUGAUGAUCCUGUUACUGGUCAUUCAAAUACGCCAAUCACUGGCCCAAUUGAGCUUGAUGCCGUAUCAGAAACAAAAUGUUGUUGUUUUUGCAAAAAGAAAAAGGUCAAAUCGUUAAGAAAAUGAAUUUUGAAAUUUAAAAAAAAAAGAGAAACCAAUCUACAAUACCCAAUCAGAAUCGUGAAUGAAAAAAAAAUCAUCAUCAUCGACACUACAAAUUGAUAAUUCAUCACAAUCAUCAUCAAUGUUUAUUAC